AUGGCAAAGAACUCAGUUACAAUAUUUUUAUGCUUAUUAAUUUUGACGAGCCAUUGCAGCCUAAAAGAUUUGGUUGAUAAUCCUCAACAACAUAAGGAUAGAAGAAAAAAGUUGUGAUAAUUGUAUUAUUUUAGCAAUUUGAGAUCAAAUACCAAUAAGGAGAAUUUUUUGCAGUUUGAUUAAUAUUAACGAAGCUUUCUAAUUUCUGAGAACGUCCUUAGUGUGAAUGAAAAAUAGGUAUAAAUCACAAAAGAAAAAUUAUUUGCUAACUAAGAAGCUAUUAAAAAAUUAGAAAACACAGGAGAAAAUAACGAAGAUAGAUAAUAUUAGGUUGAUAAUGAAAUCGACAAUUAGGUGGAAUAAACAUAGUCAUUAAAUAAUAAUAGUAAAAUUGAUUAAUCAAAAUAAUAAUAAUAAUACUUACAGUAGGAAAAUCAAGCUUAAAAAUAAGAAAACAUUUAAGACUAAACUUUAGAUAUUAGAUAACAAGAUAGCGAACAUGAUAUUAAAAGAAUAAAUAAUAACUAUGCGAUGUAAGAUUAGUAAGAUGGGGAAUAAGAUAAUAAUCAGGAAGAGUAAAACCAAGCAGAAGAAACAAGAGAAGAGCCACCUGCUGAGGAGAACAAAGAAGAACCUCCUGCAGAAGAAACUAAAGAAGAGCCACCUGCUGAGGAGAACAAAGAAGAACCUCCUGCAGAAGAAACUAAAGAAGAGCCACCUGCAGAAGAAACUAAAGAAGAACCUCCAGCUGAAGAAACUAAAGAAGAGCCACCUGCAGAAGAAACUAAAGAAGAACCUCCAGCUGAAGAAACUAAAGAGGAGCCACCUGCUGAAGAAACUAAAGAAGAACCUCCAGCUGAAGAAACUAAAGAGGAGCCACCUGCUGAAGAAACAAAAGAAGAACCUCCUGCUGAAGAAACUAAAGAGGAGCCACCUGCUGAAGAAACAAAAGAAGAACCUCCUGCUGAAGAGACUAAAGAGGAGCCACCUGCUGAAGAAACAAAAGAAGAACCUCCUGCUGAAGAGACUAAAGAGGAGCCACCUGCAGAAGAAACAAAAGAAGAACCUCCUGCUGAAGAGACUAAAGAGGAGCCACCUGCAGAAGAAACAAAAGAAGAACCUCCUGCUGAAGAAACUAAAGAAGAGCCACCUGCAGAAGAAACAAAAGAAGAACCUCCUGCAGAAGAAACUAAAGAAGAGCCACCUGCAGAAGAAACUAAAGAAGAACCUCCAGCUGAAGAAACUAAAGAAGAGCCACCUGCAGAAGAAACUAAAGAAGAACCUCCAGCUGAAGAAACUAAAGAGGAGCCACCUGCUGAAGAAACUAAAGAAGAACCUCCUGCAGAAGAGACUAAAGAGGAACCCCCAGCUGAUGAAACAAAAGAAGAACCACCUGCAGAAGAAACAAAAGAAGAACCCCCAGCGGAAGAAACAAAAGAAGAACCACCUGCUGAAGAGACUAAAGAGGAGCCACCUGCUGAAGAAACAAAAGAAGAACCACCUGCUGAAGAGACUAAAGAGGAGCCACCUGCAGAAGAAACAAAAGAAGAACCUCCUGCAGAAGAAACUAAAGAAGAGCCACCUGCAGAAGAAACAAAAGAAGAACCUCCUGCAGAAGAAACUAAAGAAGAGCCACCUGCAGAAGAAACUAAAGAAGAACCUCCAGCUGAAGAAACUAAAGAAGAGCCACCUGCUGAAGAAACUAAAGAAGAACCUCCAGCUGAAGAAACUAAAGAGGAGCCACCUGCUGAAGAAACUAAAGAAGAACCUCCUGCUGAAGAAACUAAAGAGGAGCCACCUGCUGAAGAAACAAAAGAAGAACCUCCUGCUGAAGAGACUAAAGAGGAACCUCCUGCUGAAGAAGAACCAAAUCCUGAAGAAGAAACAAAGCCGGAAGAGGAGGCUAAACCUGAAGAAGAAACAAAACCAGAAGAAGAAGCAAAGCCGGAAGAGGAGGCUAAACCUGAAGAAGAAACAAAACCAGAAGAAGAAGCUAAACCAGAAGAAGAAACAAAGCCGGAAGAGGAGGCUAAACCUGAAGAAGAAACAAAACCAGAAGAAGAAGCAAAGCCUGAAGAGGAAGCUAAACCUGAGGAAGAGGCUAAACCUGAAGAAGAAACAAAACCAGAAGAAGAAGCUAAACCUGAAGAAGAAACAAAACCAGAAGAAGAAGCUAAACCUGAAGAAGAAACAAAGCCGGAAGAGGAGGCUAAACCUGAAGAAGAAACAAAACCAGAAGAAGAAGCUAAACCAGAAGAGGAAACAAAACCUGAAGAGGAAGCUAAACCUGAAGAGGAAACAAAACCAGAAGAGGAAGCAAAGCCUGAAGAAGAAACAAAACCAGAAGAAGAAGCAAAGCCUGAAGAGGAAGCUAAACCUGAGGAAGAGGCUAAACCUGAAGAAGAAACAAAACCAGAAGAAGAAGCUAAACCUGAAGAAGAAACAAAACCAGAAGAAGAAGCUAAACCUGAAGAAGAAACAAAGCCGGAAGAGGAGGCUAAACCUGAAGAAGAAACAAAACCAGAAGAAGAAACAAAGCCUGAAGAGGAAGCUAAACCUGAAGAAGAAACAAAACCAGAAGAAGAAGCAAAGCCUGAAGAGGAAGCUAAACCUGAGGAAGAGGCUAAACCUGAAGAAGAAACAAAACCAGAAGAAGAAGCUAAACCUGAAGAAGAAACAAAACCAGAAGAAGAAGCUAAACCUGAAGAAGAAACAAAGCCGGAAGAGGAGGCUAAACCUGAAGAAGAAACAAAACCAGAAGAAGAAGCUAAACCAGAAGAGGAAACAAAACCUGAAGAGGAAGCUAAACCUGAAGAGGAAACAAAACCAGAAGAGGAAGCAAAGCCUGAAGAAGAAACAAAACCAGAAGAAGAAGCUAAACCAGAAGAGGAAACAAAACCUGAAGAGGAAGCUAAACCUGAAGAGGAAACAAAACCAGAAGAGGAAGCAAAGCCUGAAGAAGAAACAAAACCAGAAGAAGAAGCAAAGCCUGAAGAGGAAGCUAAACCUGAGGAAGAGGCUAAACCUGAGGAAGAAACUAAACCUGAAGAGGAAGCAAAACCUGAAGAGGAGGCUAAACCUGAAGAGGAAACAAAACCUGAAGAAGAAACAAAACCAGAAGAAGAAGCAAAGCCUGAAGAGGAAUCUAAACCUGAGGAAGAGGCUAAACCUGAGGAAGAAACUAAACCUGAAGAGGAAGCAAAACCUGAAGAGGAGGCUAAACCUGAGGAAGAAACAAAGCCUGAAGAAGAAGAAACUAAACCUGAGGAAGAAACAAAUCCUGAAGAAGAAACUAAACCUGAAGAAGAGGAAACAAAACCAGAAGAAGAGGAAACAAAACCUGAAGAGGAAGAAACAAAACCUGAAGAAGAAACAAAGCCUGAGGAAGAAGAAACUAAACCAGAAGAAGAAGAAACUAAACCUGAAGAAGAGGAAACAAAACCUGAAGAAGAAGAAACAAAACCCGAGGAAGAGACAAAACCUGAAGAAGAGGAAACCAAACCUGAAGAAGAAGAAACAAAACCCGAGGAAGAGACAAAACCUGAAGAAGAGGAAACAAAACCAGAAGAAGAAGAAACAAAACCUGAAGAGGAAGCAAAGCCUGAAGAAGAAACAAAACCAGAAGAAGAAGCAAAGCCUGAAGAAGAAGCUAAACCAGAAGAGGAGGUUAAACCUGAAGAGGAAACAAAACCAGAAGAAGAAGAAGCUAAACCUGAAGAGGAAACAAAACCAGAAGAGGAAGCUAAACCAGAAGAGGAGGUUAAACCUGAAGAGGAAACAAAACCAGAAGAGGAAGCAAAGCCUGAAGAAGAAACAAAACCAGAUGAGGAAGAGAAACCAGAAGAGGAAUCUAAACCUGAAGAAGAAAAAAAAGAUGAAGAGGAGAACUAAGAAGAUUAAUAAAGUGAACCUGCUUCUGAGCCAGAAUAGGAAAGUGAGCCAGCUACAGAAGCUGAAGUUGAAAGUGAGCCAGCUUCGGAUGAUGAAGAAGACAAAGAUUCAGACAAUGAAUAGAAAGCAGAUGAAGAAAAAGAUGAAGAUAAAGAUGAUGCUGCUGAUAAAUCUGAUGAAGAUUAGAAACCUACUGAUGAUGAAAAAGAAAAAGAAAAAGACGAUGAUGAUGAUGAUGAUUUUGCUUAAUUGGCCCUACCUCCAGAAAUUGAAUAAGCAAAACAAGUGGAAAAUGCAUCAGAAGGAGAUAAAGACGUAUCAUAAUAUGGAUAUUAAUUAGGAAUGUGGGUGGUAACCAUAUUCUAUUUGGCUUUAUGAUUUAUAAGCUCAAAAGAAAUUAAAUAUAAUCACUUAGUAAUAAAUAAUAAUUAUAUUUUUUUAUAUUCUUAUCUAUGAGCAAAAAGCCUAACAAACCAGCAGAUAACAAGCCAUAAUUAUCAAGUAGACUAUGAUCAUUUUGAAUAUUUAGAGUAAGAACAAGAAGCAUAAAAUAAAGCAAAACAAGUUACAGAUAUUGAAAGUGAUGGUUUUAAAGUACUUAAAAUUUUAAAUAAACUAGAAAUAAAUGAGAGAAGAAGUGAGAAUAUUAAAAGUAGAUAUAGAAUCAGAAGAUAAAUUACUAUCAUAAUAUUAAUAAGAAAGAGAGAAAAUUAAUUAUAAUUGGAUUAUUGCUAAAAAGGAGUUAGAUGACAAAAAAAGUGAUAUUAUAAACAAAGAGAGAGAGAUUUAAGAUUUAAAAGAGAAUCAUUUUAUGCAAUUAAAUAUGUAUAAAUAAAAGUAAAAGUUUAAAUAUUAGUCUAGAAUUAAACAUUUGUUAUUUUAAAACUAAGAUCAAUAGAGUGAUUUAAGAAAAGAUGUUGACGUUACACUAAAAUAAUUGGAGGAUGAACAUAGAAUGAAUGAUAGAGAACUAAAGACUGAUGUAAGAUCAUUAAAAGCACAACAAAAAGAAGCAGAUUUGGCCUAGAAUGAUUAUAUGUUUGCUUUAAAAACAGAAUAUGAUCGAUUAGCUACUUAAUUAAGAUAAAAUUUUGAAAGGUAAGCGAAUGAUUUGAAAGAAAAAUAUCAUUUGAGAAUGGAAAAGUUAAGAAGAGAGAUGGAAGAAUUAAGAAAUAAUUUGAUUAAAAUUCUUCAAGAAAAGAAAGACUUAAGAAUAUAAUAAUUAACAAAAGAACACUCUAAAAAGUAUACAGAGAUAAAAAAUUAUUAUUCUGACAUUACAGCUACAAACUUAGAUAUGAUAAAAAGUUUAAAAAAUGAAAUUACUGAUCAUUAGAAAAAAGAAGAAAAAGACAAAAAGCUUUUGCAAUCUAUAGAAAAUGAAUCCAAAAAUUUAAAUGAACCUCUUAAAGCAAUAAAAGAAGAGAUAAAAUUUUUAAUAAAAGAAAAAGAAGAAUAAGGAAAAAUAGUAUAAUAAAAGGAAUAAUUGAAAUUUAAAAUAGAUGAUCAUGAAAAAAAAUUUAGAGAUUUAGAAUAUGAAUAUGAAGUAAAGUUAUAACAUUAUUAAUUCUUGGAAAGAGAAAAAGUAUCUUUAGAAAAUAAAUUUAAUAACACUAUUUAAUAAAUUUAACAAAAAACUGGAUUGCAAGUAAAAUUUAAUAUAAAUUAAAAUAGAAUUUAAUUUUAGAGAAAAAGACUGCUGCUAUUAAUGAUGAACUUGAAAUUAAAGAGAUUUAAUUUAAUUAAGUCUUAUAGGGGGCUAAUAUUGAUUAAAACACAAUAAGUAUAUUUUAUUAAUAAAUUAGAUAUCAAUACUAAGCAAUAUUAAGAUAUAGAUGUCUAAAAACAGGUUGUGAUUGCUGAAUUAUAAAAUUAGCUUACAUAAAUAAGAAAAGCACAUUCUCAUAUGGUUAAAGCGUAUGAUGGAAAAUUAGCAGAAUUUGUGAUACCCGUUGAGGAAUUAGGAUUUGAUCCUCUUGUACCAACUUUUUCAGAAUGAU